UCCCCUCUAGGCUCCCCUUCUCUCCAUUGUCCGGAAUCCCCAUCUCGGCCACCUCCCCAAGCUUGCGCCUAAAACCCUAGCUCUCUUCCCAAUGGCGCCGAAGAAGCGAAAGGCCGAUCCGGCCGAGCCCGCCGCUGCCGCGGAGCCCGCAUCCUCCGAGCCCAAGCCCCGCGGCACCAUCUACUUCCCCAUCACCGACGACCCGCCCGAGCCCACGGCAGCCGCCGAGGAGGACGAGGACGGGGCCGCCGGCGAUGAGGAUGAGGAGGAGGACAUCGGGAAGCUGCUGGAGCCGCUGUCGCGGGAGCAGCUAGUGGCACUGCUCCGUACAGCCGCGGAGGGGAGCCCCGCGACGAUGGCGGCCGUGCGGCGCGCGGCGGAGGCCGACCCCGCGAGCAGGAAGCUGUUCGUCCACGGCCUCGGGUGGGGCGCCGGCGCCGACGACCUCCGCUCCGCGUUCUCACGCUUCGGCGAGCUCGAGGACUGCCGCGUCAUCUCCGACAAGCAGUCGGGCAAGUCUAAGGGCUACGGGUUUGUGCUCUUCCGUUCCCGCCGCUCCGCACUCCGCGCUCUCCGCCGCCCCCAGCUCCAAAUCGGUGGUCGUCUUGCUUUCUGCCACCUCGCUGCCUCGGGUCCCGCUCCCCCGCCCUCCCAGUCCCAGAACCCUAGCUCCAACGCCAACACCAAUUCCAACUCUGGUACUUCCAAUAACGCUUCUGGCACCUCAUCCUCACAACAACCUGACAAUAUGCAACGCAAGAUAUUUGUUGGUAACGUGCAUGCUGAUGUGGACGUCGACCGCCUCUAUCAGUACUUCUCGCAAUUCGGUGAGAUUGAGGAGGGGCCGUUGGGCUUUGACAAGACCACCGGCAAACCCAAGGGAUUUGCAUUGUUCGUUUACAAGUCUGUGGAGAGUGCCCGCCGUGCAUUGGAGGAGCCAGUGAGGAAUUUUGAUGGCAAGAUGCUCAAUGUGCAGAAGGCUAUAGAUGGGAGGACCAAGAGUGCAAGUGGGGUAAAUGCAAACACUAAUUCUAAUACCACUGCUGCCUCCGCAGCUGCAGCAGCUGCCGCCGCUCAGAUGACUGCUCCUGCUAGUGCUGCCAUUAGCCCAUAUGAUGCAUCCGCAUAUGGUGCUACUGCUGUUCCUGACUUUGGGUUUGCACAGCAAGCUGCUAUGCUUGGGUUAGGUGCACAACAGCAGGCAUUUGCACAGCCCAAUGCUGCAAUGCUUGCCAUGAUGGCAGCAGCGAUGCAGAAUCCGGCUGCACUGGGGAUGUCACCAGCCAUGCUUGCACUGAACCCUGCCUUUGCUGCUGCUGCACUGGGUGCUGGGGGCCAGCAGGCACAUACAGCUGGCCUUGCGGGUUUUGGAGCUCAGGGAUUUGGUGUAGGAGGUGCCGCUUUUCCAAAUGCAGCAGGUGUUCAAGGAGCUUCUGCUACAUAUCAAGGUGCUCCUCCUGGUUUUCAAGGUCCACCCGGAUUCCAGAGUUCUGCUGGGUUUCAGGUUGGCCAACCAACUACCCAGACAAGUGCUGCUGCUGCUGCGGCCGCCGCCGCCGCCGGUGCUGCCGGUUAUCAGGCUGGUGCUGCUGGGCAGGGCCAAGUGCCCGGUGCUCAGAUAGGGGGCACUGGUUUUCAGGGUGGAUAUUGACAUAACUAGUUUGGCAUCUGCGGGUUGUGGUUCGUUCGUGUGGUUUUGCAUUCGGAUGGCUUUUGAGUCUAUGUUGGUGCCAAAAUGUUGCGAAAGGGUUCCUGCUGUUGAAUUUUACAACCAGAUUUGAAUCAGAUACCUUUGUGGCAGUAUUUGAAGAAGGGACUUUCUCGAAGAAUUAUGUUGUUUUUAUUGCCUGCUAUGUACUUUUGCUAGUGCGACUUUAUUAUGUACCAUUGGGUUUCAUGUACCAAUAUCUGUAUUUUGACUAGUUGACUGUUAUCUGGUCUUAAUUGACUAUGGCAAAUGGUUUUCUGGGCACUUGAAGACAUUUUAAUUGCAGUUGCAGUGGUAUUUGGAAGUAUGGGGUAUUCAUAGCUUUUGCCUUCAUCUUGGUAGCUUCUGCUUUGAGGUUGGGUUAGGUGGCUACAGUAUUUAAAAUCUUUGAAUGUUUUGCAGCUUUGUUGUCCUUUAAUUUUAUUUCUAAAUCUGCCCAUUGUUUAACAGUAGCCAUGUAAAAUAGAUUGAAUGAAUACCAUGCUAUAUAUCAUCCCUUAAAAGAGAUGGUCAGUAGCCAUGUAAAUUAGAUUGAAUGCAUACCAUGAUUUAUAUAAUCCCUUAAAAGAGAGGGUUUACUGUGAUGGUUGGUGCCUAACAUGUGGCAUCUCUAUUGGAGAUUUAUUGUUCUUGACAUCUUAAGUAUCUCGAUUUUUUUUGUGAGAAUGAAGCAUAGUAGUUGGAGCUCUUUAUCAUGUCAGCCUUACUCUGCACAAUUAGUCAUGCGCUGACUUUUUAUAAUUAGGUUACCAAUUACUUUAAUCCCUUCUUUUCCCGUGAGUUGAAUUUUCAAAUGGUUGAUUGCACAUGUCAGGAUAUGCUGGUGAUAUGUACAAACAAAUAAUAGGAGAUACAAGUACAAACAAAUAAUAGGAGGAAACGAUUGUUCUUGCUAUGUUCCUAUUAAACUCAACAAGACAACAAGGUUUUGAUUACUAGAGUAUGUUCUUACUGCUGGUAUUAGAUUUUAACCAAGUUGUUGAAAUCAUCACUAGAAGUUCAUGUUGAUGUUUGAAAUUUUGAAUUAUCAUUUGAAGUCAUAAAUAGGCAGAUCUGAAAUUUGUUAAGUGGGCCCAUGUUAAUAAUUUUCUAUUCCUUAUGCACGCAACCAUACUAUUAUAUUUUUUUAGACACGAAAGUAUAAGUGUUAUUCAUGAGCUGUAGACUUGUUGUGUUUAUUGCAACAAAAAAGAUAUUGUUAUUGAUGAUCUAUAAAAAUAUCAUGAUGGACAUGCUGGUUGUUUUGUCUUGGUGGUGUUGUGCAAUGCAUGUUCCUUCUUAGUAGAUAGGGAAGAUAGUGCUAUAUUUGAGGUAAUACAGUUGGCACUUGGCACAUGCUCCUGAUAUUGAUUGGCUAGGGUAGAUAGGAUAGCAGGAAGAAACAAGUUAGUCGCCCUCCUCUCAGAGACCAUAUCAUUUGGUAUCAGAGACCUCUGAUCCUGCGCCUACUCGCUCGCCACAACCAUGGUGCCUUGCCUCCACAAGCUGCACUAUUCCAAAUUUCUGAUGCAACACUAUGCCGAUUGGUCCUUCAGCGAGGAACAAACGAUGGAGGACGCGAUGGACCUCAACCUCGACGAUUUUUUCUUCCGUGAGGAGCACACGGCGGAGGACGACACCCACAACGACCAGCCCUGUGCCACACGGCUUCCGUGCGGAUCUGCGUGGAUUUGCAGUGCCGCACAACUGUCGUCGCUGAUCCGCCAGCACCACCUCUUGUUCCGCCGUGCUACCUCUCUAACCAACCGCCGCUCCUCCGCUUGGCCUCUCCACGCGCCUGCUCCACCCCACGAAGUCUAGCCUUGCGCCGCACGGUUUCGCGCUGAUCUGCAACGCUGCUCAAUUGUCGACGCUCAUCUGCUGGCACCACCUCCUGUUUCGCCGGGCUGCCUCUCCAAUUGACCGCCAUCGCUCCUCCACCUGGCCUCUCCACGCGCUUGCGCCGCCUAGCGUCGUUCGCCCUGCGUCGACGCUCCUCCGACCGGCGCCACCCAACUCGAACUUGAGCGGAUCCGCUCAAUCCGACCGUGUCGUUGCCCGGAUCUGGCCUCUUGCUCGUCGCCGCCGACCGCCUGGGUCCCCUCCGACCGCGCUGCCUGCCCUGUCGCCCUGUUUGGGUCCACCGCUACUGGCCUGAUCUGCGUGGGGCCGCGUCUCUUCCGUCACGUACCGCGUGUGUCGCCGCCAACGGCCGCCCGAACCACCCACCCCACCCUGCGCGAAUCUGCCCGGUCCCGACGCCGUACAGACGUCUCCUGUGCCAGGCCGCUGCUCUGUCGAGUCUCUGCGCGCCUGCUCGCCCAACGACCUUUCCGCGCACCUCCCCCGCUGGACUUCGCUCGUCGUCGCGCCGUGCCGCCUGUCCGUCGAGUCAAGACUCGACGCCGCCCAACAAUAACUACCAACUGGUGUUUGGCUUCCAGAGGUGUGGGAGGCGAUGACUGCAUGCUAGGAGAUCACAUUGUCGUCAUGCCUUCGCAUUCUGUGGCAGGAAGGCCAACGAUGGUGCUUUAUGCAGCUUGAUUACACCAUCAACAAUACCAUCAUUAGCCUUGCCCUAUGUCUAGCAUCUCGAGGACGAGCUGCAAGUCAGGGGGAUGCAGUGUUAUGGAGAGUAUCUUCGGCAGGAGGAGAAAUAGAGAUAUAGUUUGUUAGUUAGUUGGUUAUUGAUAAGAUCAGGGAUUAGUUAAAGAUAAGAUUUGUUAGUUUAGGUUAUUAGGGUUGACUCCUAUAUAAAGUAGGGCGCAUUGCCCAUUCUAAUCAAGCAAGAAGAAACCUAAAGAGUAGUCAGAGCCUCUGAGAGGAGGGCAACUAGCCUGUUUCUUCCCACUAUUCCAUCUACCCUAGUCAAUCCAUAUCACUCCAUUAUUAAAAAAAAGCUUCCCAAUCACUUUUUUUCUGAAGCAAAAUGCUAGCUCAAACGGAGCCUUCACUUGAGGCGGUUAGUGCGAGGAGGUUGCAACUGGUCAGCGGUGGCAGUGGAGUCCUAAGGUCCAUGUGUAGUGUUUGACUGGCUUGUUUCCUUCGCGUUUUCUUUUCUUUUCUUAGGGUUAAGGACUAAAGGCCACCCUCUCUUUCAGCCUCCUCCACCCGCUACAUGCGCCUCUACUUUUCCUUUCCUCUCCCUCUUCCCUUCCUCUAACUAGGCAACCCCUAGGCGGUCCAGUCAACCGCCUUACCAGGAUGUAAAUUGCCUUUUCUGGCAUUCAUUAUUUGCAUCAGAACUUAAGUUUGAACAUUAAUUUGGUAUUCACUUUUCGCAUUAUGGAUUAAGUUUGGAGCCUGAAGCAAUUAGGAUACGCCAGUGCUGCAAGAGUGCCAAGCUUUCCUUGUUUAGCUUUAGUUAAAAAAAAAAAAAACUGAAGCAAGAAAUUUCUAACUGAUUUGCUUGCAGUUUGACUUUGCCCUCUGGCCCGCCCAUGUUUAGCGGAUGAGUGUAGGAUGGUAAAUCAUUCUUAUUCUCAGUUACCUUCAACUUCUUUCUGUGUGGGGGAACUAUCUUCACAGUUAGUAAUAGUUAGCAGUUCUAAAUGUUCAAUUAGUCGCAUAUGACUACCAAAGACAUUAAAUUGGGGGGAUCUCUCUUAAUCUCUUAUAAUUUAUAUAGUUUCCUCAUGGAUUAAUUGCUGUUUUGUUUUUGGUCUCAUCAAGUUUCUUGCUUCACUGUGAACAAAAACUACUUAUUGCUUGCGUAAUUAUACUUUUUCCUGUAUUGAAUCACUAUGUUCCUUAAAAUCUACCUGUCACUGUCAUGAUUAUGCUCUGUGCCUUCAGUAUCUUGCUAAUCAUUGCUGAACUAUU